AUGGCAAUAAAUAUUAUUAGAAAUAAUUUAUCAGCGUCAAUUGGAAGACAUUUGCAAGCUGCUUCUGCAUUGAGAUAUUCUACAGAAAUGUCAACAUACAAAACAUUAGCAGUAUCUACUCCAAAACCAUUUGUUUAUAUAGUUAAAUUAAAUAGACCAGAGAAAUUAAAUGCAAUAAGUCCAACUAUGUGGAAAGAAUUUAAGGAAUGUUUUGACGAAUUAUCAACGAAUCCAGAUUGCAGAGUAGUUAUUUUGUCAGGUGCUGGCAAACAUUUUUGUGCAGGAAUUGAUCUAAAAGGAAUGAUGGAGAUAGGUCAAGGUUUAAUGGAACAUGAAGAUAUUGCACGUAAAUGUAAAUAUAUGGAACCUAAGAUUAAGGCCUAUCAAGAUUCGUUUACUGCUAUAGAAAAGUGUUCAAAACCUGUGAUAGCUGCUGUACACGGUGCAUGUAUUGGUGCAGGUGUAGACAUGAUAUCCGCAGCUGACAUACGUUAUGCUUCUUCCAAUGCAUAUUUUCAAAUAAAAGAAGUCGAUAUAGGUAUGGCGGCCGAUGUAGGUACACUCCAGAGAUUUCCAAAAAUUAUGGGAUCUGACAGCUUGGUAAGAGAGCUUGUUUAUACGGCGCGAAAGUAUCCAGCUGCUGAAGCACUGGAAAGUGGAUUUAUAAGCCGCAUGUUGGACAGUGAAGAAAGCUUAUUGAAUAAAUCAAUAGAAGUUGCUGAAGAUAUUGCAAGCAAAAGUCCAGUUGCUGUGCAAGGUUCAAAAAUGAGUAUGGUAUACUCCAGAGAUCAUUCUGUCCAAGAAGGAUUAGAUCAUAUUGCGAUGCAUAAUAAGGCAAUGCUUCAAAGUGAAGACUUUUUGAAUGCAACUAUGGCACAGGCUGUUAAAGGCGAUCCUCCAAUAUUCUCAAAAUUAUAAAUCAUUUUAUUGUUGAUUUAUUUGAUAUAUAUCACAUAUGUAUUAAUAUCAGUAUAUCAGUGUUGUAAUAUCAGUAUAUGCUAAUGUUAUAUUAAUGCUAGAAAUGAAUUUAUUUUUUGGGGGGGAGGAAGUAUUUGUAUAACAAAAUAUAAAAUAAAUUUAUAUAACUUUUCUAA